CGGCAAUAAUUGUGAUUCAUAACAUUUACAAAUUUUUUACUCCAUUCUCGACCAGUUAACAUGCGGGUGUAAGACUGUCUGUAUUUUAUUACGUAUUUGAAACGCAAUUGAAUAAAAUUUUUGCUCUAAACUCUUCAUUAUUAAUAUAAAUAAGUAAUAAAAAAUUAUUGUCAUAGUAAGUAAAGCUUUUUUAAUCGAAAUGUGUGCAAAAAUGGCAUUUCAACAUCAAGCAGGCACUGCAAUGGAGUGUUUAAGUAUACCAAUAACACUUCACAAAGAGACUGAAAUUGAUGCUCAUGGUGGAGAAGUUAUGAAGUGUGGCUUCAAAAUAGCAGGUGGAAUCGAUCAAGACUUUCGUAAAAGUCCACAAGGCUACACAGACAAUGGGAUAUACGUGACAGAAGUGCAUGAAGGAUCACCAGCAGCAAAAAGUGGACUAAGGAUGCACGACAAAAUUUUACAAUGCAAUGGCUACGAUUUUACAAUGGUAACUCAUAAAAAAGCUGUUGGUUACAUUCGGAAACAUCCAGUAUUAAAUUUAUUAGUAGCCCGAAAAGGAGUGACAAGUACUUAAAAUUCAACAAUUAUUCAUUAAACAAUCAAUUUAUAUUAAACAUAUACUUUAUUAGUGAUUUAAUUUUUUAUUUUUUGUAUACUUUGUGUCAAGAAAAGAAACAUUUAUUUUUGAAAUCGUGUAGACAUAAUUAUCAAAUCGUGUUACCAAUGAUAAAUCCUAUUUCUCCAGGAUUUCUAUUUAGUUAUUCAAGUUCUCUAUAAUAAUUACUUUAAAUACAAUAAUAAUUCAUUCCAAGUGUUCAACAUAUUCAACGUGUGCUAUAAGAUCACCUAUUUACAUAUGUUUUUAUAGGAAAUAGUAAUAAACCAAAAUAAUGUGUAACUUGGUGAUGAACAAUAAUUUUACAUUAUUAAUGAAUAAUUAUAAAUUUCCAAUUAAUAUUAUUAAAAAAGUAAAUAAUCUUUUGUACCGAAAAUUACAAUACUCUUUUAGUUCAAUAUCAAAAUAAUCUAUCGAACGAAAAAUCCGUUCAACCAAAUGAUAAUUUAAGAAUAACCGAUCCAUUAAUAAAAAUACUCAGCCUAUUUCUUAAUAUAAACAUAUUUGAUCAAUUAGUUGUAAUGAAUAAAUAUGUUGGAAUCGUUCAAAUGGCAUCCGAGUAAUAAAAAAAAAUUAAAAAUAAAUGCAAUAUAAAUAAAGCGAUAUAUAUAGAUAUACAUAUAAUUCAUCAAAAUGAAAGAUUUACGGUACUGUCUAAAAUGAUACAUUAAAAUGAUUAAAAAAUGCCACUUGCUGAUAAGGCUGAUUAAAUAAGGUUAUUGACAAUGAAUCAAUAAAUCCAUAGAUUGAUGUA